GGGAUAGUAGCUUUGUUUCCCUAUCUAGAAGACCCAUACUCACAACAUGGAUAUGAUCAUUACUACGAUCCGGAGAGUGGUUCCGGAUACCUUGCAUGGCGAUUGAAGACCAUACAAAGAAAAACAGCAGAGGAAAGAGGUGCCUCAGUCAGCAAAUCUCCUAAAGUUGGUGGGCCAGGCCGUGAUCGUCAGCCCUUCACCUAUGACAGAGAGCCAUCUGAUGAGGAUGUGGAAGCAGCUAUUGCUGUUUUGAGACACUCUGCUGAUGAAAACACUGUCCGUGAGAAGAUGAAAAUGACCUUCAUAUAUCGGCAAGCAAUGGUCAACGAUGAAGCCAAAUCAUCAGAUGUCUUCUCGGUCUUCCCAAGAUUUCUGGACACACCAGGACUGAUAGAACAAGAUUUCAGACUUCUGUUUGGUGAGGCCACAGCCAACAAAUUCUUGGAGAAGUGGCCAACCACUUUCAAAGCAAAAGUAAUAAAGGAAAGCCAUGGACUUGUAUCCACCACAGAACUCUUGGAUUUGAUGCGCAAUGCUGAGUCAGCUGCUGAAGUUGAGAAUGGCUGGGACAGUGACAUGUCUGCCAUCUUGCUGCUGCUACAUUUGCUACCACCAUCUGCACAAGGUAGAAAGAGGCCGGGAAAGAUGUCUGCAUAUCAAGCUGUAGAUCAGCUCAUCAGAUUUCAAAAGGUUGGAACCAGUGUGCAGCAGCAUCUUGACAACAUCACCCAAAGCAGUCAGCCCUACCUUCUCGCCCAGGGAUCCACACAGAGCAGCUUUCACUCCUACUUCAUUGUGGUUGACAAGCAUGCUCUUCCAUGCAAGGCAACAGGUUCAGUAGGAGCUUUUGACGAAGUCUUUAAAGCCCAUUACGUAUUUGGUACGUCAUACAGUUCUUCCUUGAGCAGCUUUUUCACUUUUGUGCAAACAACCAUCUAUAACAUCGACAUGGGGGAAACAAAGGAGACUCCUAGAGUUGCUGAGUUGCGAGCAAGAAUGGUGCGUUAGUUGAGAUAAAACUAUGAAGUGUUUUCUUUGCAAAAGUGACCAUGGAAGUCCAAACAACCUUGUUAAGCACCUUAAGAUAAUUCAUGGGCUAUGUACAGGCAGGACUCUUUUUCUGAAAUGUGGUCAAGAAGGAUGCUCACGUUCUUUUGGUAGCUUUUCUGGUUUUAGAAAACAUCUUAACAAGUGCCACGGAGAAAGUUUAGUAGAUUCUAUAGAAGAUGAUCUUUCAGACCCUCAAAGUACCGUCAACACCAGUAAUAUUUCUCAUGUUGAAGUGUCGACUGAAUGUUUAGAGGCUGAGUCAGAGUUAUCUUCGCCAUACAUUGUAAAUAGUUGUGCAGCUGUUAUUUCUGAUCUAAAGGCAGCAGGUGUUGGUCAAAGUACAGUAAAUACUGUAGUGAUUUCCAUGGAAGAGAUUGUUCAAGAUAUUCAUCAGCAUGCUAAAGAAACAGUGAUAAAGCAUGUAUUUAGUAAUGAAAGAGAAACAGAAAUGUGCAAGAAAGUUGAGGCGUGUUUUGAGGGGUUAGAGAAUCCUUUCACAGUUCUAAAUUCGGAAUACAAGCGAUCAAAAUUUAUGACUGCCAAGUGGGAAAUAGUAGAACCAGUUGAAUGUGUGAUUGGUUCAAGAUUUGACACAAGACUAAAUAAAAAGACUGGAACAUAUGAUCAGGUAGUAGUUCAAGAUAAAUUCAUGUAUAUUCCAAUUUUAUCUACACUGCAGUCAAUAUUUAAAAGUCAGUAUUUUGCAGAAAUGUUGCAAAGCUCAGCUACCAGCAACUCUAGACUGAGAGAUAUUUGUGAUGGAUCUUUUUUUAAAAGUCACCCCCUGUUCUCAACUGAGAAGCAGACAAUACAGGUCCAGAUGUUCUAUGAUGAUUUUGAGGUCGCCAACCCAUUGGGUUCCAAGCGAGGUAUUCAUAAAUUGGGUGGAGUAUAUUUUACUUUAAGAAACUUCUCUCCAAAAUGGAAUUCUUUUUUGGCUAACAUACACCUGUGCGCCUUAUUUCAUACUCAAGAUGUUAAACGAUAUGGUUUUAGUGAAAUUUUUGCUCCCAUUGUUCGAGACAUUAAAGUGUUAGAGAGCGAUGGUAUUGAGAUUCCAUUAUACAGUGGUUAUGUACGUGGCACUGUAGUACAGGUAACAGGUGAUAAUUUGGGUUUGCAUAGUUUGUUUGGUCUGGUGGAGUCUUUCAGUGCAAGGUACUGUUGCAGGUUCUGUUUAGCAGAAAAGGAGGACUUUCAAACAGAAUUCUCUGAAGAUUCUUCCAAAAUAGUUUUACGCACCAAAGAUAUGCAUACUGCUCACUGUCAAGAAAUGGCUUGUAAUCCAUCCCUUCCGUAUGUUUUUGGUGUGAAAAGGUCAUGCAUAUUAAAUUUAUUGAGGGCCCUGUGUCGGUGUUCCACCAUGGCUACCUCGGACCCCCACGACCUCUGCUUCGUGUGUUUGGGACCGCAGCACGCCGAGGAUGGUCUCGACAACCCUCCUAAUUGCGCCUCCUGCGCCCUCCUUACUAUAAAGGAGAGGCAGCAGCGUCGGGCGUUCUUUAUGAAGGACGUCCCUCUGGAUGAUGUAAUGUCCUCACUCCUCUCUGCUUCAGAGGCGUCAGAGGACAGUGCGGUGUCGGAGGAUGACAAGGAAGGCGCCGAGGCGGAUAUCCCAGUGGGACAAUCCAGACCUCUGGCGCCUACCUUCAAAACCCCCUUUCAUUCUGAAAGCGCGAGGUUAGAAGGAUCCUUGUGCGAUGACGACAUGGGCUCUGCUAGGUCAGAAGCCCUGUCCUUCGCGGUAGCCUCUCUGCGCUCGGACUUUCCCGGGCUCAUUGAGAAGGCUGCCACACGACUCGAGGUUGUGCUGCCCCCAGUUCCCCUUCCUAUGGAGGUGGACCUGAUGGAGGGCGGCCCUUACUCCAAGCCGAGGAGGGCAGCUGAGCCAAUGGCUCCAGCCUUGCCCUCUCUCGGCAAGUAUGUCGAGGGUUCGUGGGGGCACCUCUGGCGGCGCGUUCGCCGGCCAGAGCGUAUAUCCCCUUCACCAGAGUGA